AUGAGAGAUCGUACACAUGCGAUUUUAUUGAAUGAACAUUGGCAGCUUCAGGUCCAGGCGGACCAGAGUCCUGAUGCUCGACUGGCGGACGUGUGUGGGAAUGACAAGUUUCUUAGUGCCACGGGCGAGUGCCUGCCGCGUCUGGCAAUGCCACCGCCCGUACCCAUGACUGAUCUAGAGUUUCGUCGCUCUAUUGAGGCAAAAAUUGCGCUGGAAGUUGAGCGCCUUCCGAUUAUCGACAAGCGAACUGUCCAGUUCUUUGGAAAAUGGCCACAACUGCGAGUCCUUGGCAUGCAGGAGCCGAUGUCUGUGUUGUUUUCGAUCGCGAACUUGCUGGUACAAGUGUAUGCAAUCAGCCGCAUGUUUCCUGAAAAGCUCCCAACGACGUUUCCAUUGAAGCGCGUGUACGUCGCAAAUGCGACUGUGGCUUCUGUGGCUUGGAUUGCCAGCACUGUGUUUCAUGCGCGUGAUCUUUGGUGGACAGAGCGAUGGGAUUACUUUUCUGCUGCAGCUAUGCUCAUGUCUGGACUGUUUCUAGCGAUCUGUCGCAUAUUUCGAAUUCAGCCCGGCUCGCUGGUUUUCCGCCGUCUCUUGAUGGGAUGCGUAGGAACUUGGGUUGUCCAUGUGCUGUAUCUUUUGUCACACCGCCGGCUCGAUUAUACAUACAACAUGGCGGCUUGCUUAUUUGUGGGAUUUGUACACAAUAUUCUUUGGAUCGUGUACGCACACGCGCCGCAACUUAUAUUGCGCCUACGUGAGUAUGUGAGACUUUCGUUCGACCAGGGACGACAAGCUCCCGUGAAGCCCGAGACAGCCUCGGAUUCGAAGCAGACGCAGUUCGCACUCCCUCUAUCUGCGCGUCGACAACUCGAGCUACUUGUCAUUCUUACGUUCGCUGCGCCUGCGCUGGAGCUCUUCGACUUUCCACCUCUUUUCCGACUCUUGGAUGCGCACGCGUUGUGGCAUCUUGCCACAGUGCCAUUGACACUGUGCUGGUACAGAUGGCUCCUAGAAGAUGCAAGACAAUGUGUCAUGAUGCAUGCUUGGUACCUGGAUCACCAUGGCAUGGAUGUGACGGACAUUGACGAAUUGCAAGACACGCGCCCCCAUGGCGAGCUGCCAGCGUCUGCUCUUGCUUUGCCCGUGUCAAUGCCCCACGUGCUGGCAGCCGACUCGAUGCUUAGUACUCCUCAGAUGUCUUCGGCACUAUCGGCGCAAAUUUCUAGCAUGCACAACCUUCUUAUCUCGCUCAAAUUGUGGGGAUGGAACAUGCUUCGCUCUCUGCGGGACAUGUUUAUUAGCUCUUAA